AUGCCUGGUUGGGCUCGAUCUCAACCACCUUACGGUCGGUGCAUUGAGUUUUUCUGCAAUUAUCAGAAUGUACAGAAUUCAUCGGAGGGUAAGGUCCGAUAUCCGGCCCCUUUUCAUCCCUCACCAGCACCGCUUCUUAAUGGACCUCUGAAUGUGGUAUCUUUUGGACGAGGCUCAGGUCAAGUUGGACUCCAUCGGAUGUGCUGCGUCAGCUCGGAAUCCAUGAGUCAGACUCUCGACUGUGACACGAUUGUUCUCCGCCUUCGACUGCACGUCAGCCUCAUUAUGUUAGCGCUUGUCAUAUCUGCUCAUCCUCCCCAGGGACUGAUGAACCUCCUGUCCGAGGGUGGAAAUGAGUCAGACCUCCUCAUUUUGAGCCGAGGCAGCAACAUUUACGACUUACUUGCUCAGUCAUUCUUUCGGUCUGUCCUACUCCUUCUUGCGAUUUUGCUCUUCUUCAUCCUCGAAGAGUGUGCAUUUGUGUCAUUUGCAAGGCUGGCCAGAUCAAAUUACAAGCCGGCCCGAGAUGGACCCCUGUUUAGUGCUCAUUUGGCCUAA